AUGAACACCACCUUUCAAGAUUGCUACUCUCUUUUUUCAACUUCGCCCUUGUCUCUUCGCAUCAUUAUGGCUUCUCUUCUCCUUCUCGUUAUACGUAUUUCUCUAUCUCUUUACUUUAUAGCUCUCAUUAUAUCUCCUUACAGCUGUCUUAUCUAUCUAUCUACAUCUAUCUUUACAGCACACAUCUAUCUCUCUUUAUAUCUAUAUAUAACUCUCUCUUUAGAUCUAUCCACAGUUCUUUAUCGAUUGAUCCACAACUCUAUCUAUAACUCUUUCUUUACAUCUGUCUACAAUCCUAGUUUACAUCUUUCUUUUAUGUCUCGCUUUUUAGCCAUCAUCUAUCUUAUUCGUAUUUUUGCUUAUGACUUUACCAGUCUGUCUAUCUAUCUAUCUAUCUCAGUCUUUUCAUAUCUAUCUAUCCAUCUAUCUAUCUAUUGCAGUCUGUUCAUAUCUACCUAUCCAUCAAUCUAA